UUACGCAUCCUGCUACUUGAAAACAAGAAGAUGAUUCGUUUAGCGUUAUCCUAUUGCGGGGUGGGAAUUUGAAAGACAACUGUUUAUCCCACCCCUCCGAUUGAGCCCUGUCUACGGUGAGUGUCCAGACCCUACAUCUUGAUGUGGGUCUGGCUCGUCAGGCUAAUUAUAUUCUAUGUGAUGUUGUAACGUGAGUCUUCCUAUCUUCCACAGCAAAACCUGGGCCAUGUUCAAUGAGUCCUUUAACAUUACCCCUAGUCUAGAUUGGAAUGAUUCAUUUGCAAUUAACAUCACUGUGCACAGUGUCAAUGGGGAGGAUUAUCCUGUAACAAACACUCUUCCUGUAGUUUUUGGUGUCGACCUGAAUGUGAAGUUCUUGGACAUCUCUGGUUCCUCAACAAUAUACCUCGAUUACUCAUUAGAGGACAGAGGACCCAAAACACUUAAACAUAUUUACCAGGUAGCCAACAUCGGAAUGGUUCCUCUUCCAGUCACAGUAAAUUUGACCUUUCCUACAAAACCUGAAAACAACUUUGAAAUCCACAAUUACAGUAUUUCACACAACAAGGUCAAUGACACAAUCCAGUGCGGUGCCCCUGAGGACACAAGUAUUCCGAGCUGUGCAGACUGCAAGAUGGUGGAGUGUUUCAUUCCCACAUUAAAGAUCUCGGAGAGUGUUCUGUUCUUGUUAACUGGAGACGCUGCCUUCAACCUCAGUCCAAAUGAAUAUACAUUCUAUGAGACGACAUAUAAGGAGGAAUACAAAAGUUUUGCGCAGAUCAGCUAUGAUGAAACACGUUACGAACAGACCGGAAAUGACCAAACUGUUACUGGAGCUGUCCCAGAUUGCCACAGGGAUCAGGGCGUAAGCAAAGCUGAAUUCAUUGUUCCAAUCCACCAACCUCUGAUCAUAGGGUUAGCAAGUAGCGGAGGACUGCUACUGCUCAUCUUUAUCACCUUGGCUCUAUACAAGUGUGGUUUAUUCAAUACAACUGGACAAUAUCUACUUCAGCAAGGAGCUGAUUCAUGGUAGCUCAUGGCAGUGUCCCAACUCUGAGGAAGCAUACUGAGUGUGAACAGUGAAGUCACUCACAGUUUGAGCAGGAGGCCUCUUGAGAAUUUGAGAUGAAAAAAGUACAGCCUGCUUUUUGCCACAGCUUCAAAUGAAAUUUCCUUUGACUGUAUCUACUGUGUAAUCCUGCCUGUCAUACAGUAAAUGCUGAAAGUAGUUGAUAAUUUUGCUGAAAUGAUGAGUGCUACUUUAGGUGUUUAAUUAGUUUAGUAUUUAGUUUCUGCAGAAUACUGGCAUUCUUCAAAUGAAUGUGUUGAAAACAACAACUUCUGUUGUUUUAACAAAUCGCUGUGUCCAGAUAGGGACAACACCUUUGUUUUAACAACAUAAUGCACAAAAUAUUUUUUUUUUAAGGUUUGCCUAAAACUGCACAGCGCCUGCUUUAGAGGCCACUGUUCCCACCUAGUUUGACCUGUAAUCAAAUGCUUGACCUCUCUGGAAAGCUAAGACACAGAGGCUUCAGUAUAGACAAUCAGAACAACUGUGUAAUGUACUGACACAGGGCCACGGAGGCUAGAAUAUAGUUUUUCUUCCUGGUGGAUUGCAAGCAUCUCUGAACUGACCACAUAUCAGCCCUCUAGUAUGGACUAGAGGGCUCUAACUGAGCCCUAGCACCAGGUCUUGUGAAGCUGGGUGCAAAAGGAGAUCAAUAUAACAUGAAGUAUGAGUGCUGUAGACCAUUAUUUGCCAAUUAAGGUAUGCUCAUGCGUUUUUAAAAAUCCCCUAUGGAAACUCCCCAUAGGACUUCUAGCUAUCCAAAAUGCAUUCUGACAAUCAAAUGCUUACAUGAGCAUAUGAACCCCUUUGUGUAGAAGCAUGAUCUUGGUCUCAAAUUAAAGGUAACACUCUGAGGUUUCUUGUAGACUUUUUGGAUUGCAUGUCCGGUGUUCUGAUAUAGAGUAACUACUCAAAAUAUGAACUAAUUAUACAAAAGUCUCUAUUUUUGCAUUUCCUUUUUUGGUUCAAUGGUUGUAUAUAAACUAGACUAUACAUCUGGACAACUAAUAUUGGAUAAAAUAAGAGAAAAUGUGAGCAAAAUAUCAAUACCUGUCUGAAAAAAGUGUAUAAAGUUUGUAGUGAGGGGUUUUACAGCCUUGAAACAUCUACAAAAAAAUUAAAAAAGCUGCUAUUUUUGGAACGUAACCCCCGCGAUAAACAAGGGAUCACUGUAUACAGUAGUGAUGCGCGGGUGGGCUUUUUUUAAAACCCGCCCCAACCCGACUUUUCAGGAGAUCCAAACCGCCCCGCCCAAUCCGCAAAAAUAUGUUCGAAUUGUGACCCAAAUCCGACCCGACCCGCGGAAAGGAAAAAACGCAUUUAACGUCUUUCCUAGCCUAAUUAGCCCACAUGAGGACAACAGCGGGUUACAAUGAUCGGUCAUUUUGACAAUCUGCGCUCCUCCACACCAUUCAUAAUCUGCAGCCUAGACAUAGCUAGUGUUAAAUCUCAUCUUCAUAACAAGUUGCCAUUCAUAUUUCCCCUUGCAACUUCAUAGGCUAGCCUACUUUUGCGUUUAACACUGCCAAGCAUUUAACAAGCACAGCUGUUUAUUCGUGUAGCCUAUGACAGAAGCGAGGUGUUCUCGCAUUGUGCACAACCUUCGAUAUCCCAGAUCAUUAGGCUCCAUGUCCAUAAAGUAGCGAAUGCGCGAUUGACUUUUUCAGUCAGUCACGCAUGGCGCAAUUGGGUGCUGAAUUUAGGAGAAAUUAUGUUUUGCGCUCGACCACACCUCCUGUAUUGCAGGCGCAUCGCCACCUAAUAUGUCGGAAGUUAACAAGUGAGAAAUGUGCAUUUUUACUUUUUUGACCCGACCCACCCGCAAUAUUUAGAAAAAACUAUUAGGCCUACCCAAAUCCGCCCGACCCGCGGGUAAACCCGCGGAUAUCCGCGGGUAAUGGGCUGAACCGCGCAUCACUAGUAUACAGAUUGUACAUUAAAAAAAUGGUCAAUUUUUCAU